CUCACUCCGAAAGAGCAUCUCAAGCCUUUUUCGUCGAGAACACUGUUCAGCGUUGAUUGCUCACAAAUAGACAUUUACCUCUUGAAGGCAUCAUGAAUCGUCAGCAAAAACGCAAAGCCAUGCCACUGUGCCUCCCUAACAACUUGGAGUAUGAUCCAAAAACGGGUUUGCUGCAUGAAACUGGAGAAGUGCGUGAUAAAUUGUACAUUGUUGAUGAAGCAGUUGAGCAGUUGAGAAAAAUCAAAGAGCCUGUCAGUGUUGUGUCAAUAGUUGGCCCAUGCAGGGAUGGUAAAUCCUUCAUUCUAAGUGAAGCAUUUGGCCAGUCACAAAUUUUUCCGGUGGGAUUUAAAAUGGAUCCUGAGACGAUGGGGAUCUGGAUUUGGAUUUUACCCCAUACAAUUAAGGAUCCUAGUGGUCGUGAUGUAAAGGUUGUCUUGCUGGACACAGAAGGAACUAAUUUCACAGGAGCAAAAGAACAAACUGAUAAUCAAAUCUUCAUUUUGACAGUUUUAAUGGCAUCUGUGUUGAUUUACAAUUCCAAGGGAGUUCCUAAAAGAAAUGAACUAAAUGAACUGGACUACAUAGCAAGACUGUCGCAGCAAAUUCAGGCUAGAUCAGAUAUUGGAACCAAGCGCCCAAUCAGAAAUGAAGACGCCUUCCAUCAAACUUUCCCAUAUUUUAUUUGGCUCCUGAGAGACAACAUGAAUGAGUUACCGAACGACUGCAAGAACAUCAAGGAAUAUUUCUUGACAAGGGUUUUCAAAGGUGAGGAGGCAACGAAAAAUGAUCAAAACCAUCGUGUUGCGGAAAGUAUUCUGCACUAUUUUUCGGGCUUUGAUGUUUUUAGUUUACCAAUACCGACUUACGAUAAGGAGCUUAUGAAAGACGUCAAGGGAAAUAUGGAUAAAAUGAAUCCCCAGUUCUUCACUGGGGUAAAGCAAUUUGAAGAAUUACUAAGGUCCAUCAUGGGUCCAAAGAGGAGCUGCAAGGAGGGAGAGUACGUCACUGGGGAAGGUCUAGCAGCCUUAACAACGCUUUACGUCGAAGCUAUCAACGAUCCUCAUAACGUUCCGAACGUGCAAACAGCUUGGGAAACGUUUGUGAACAUAAAGUGCGAGGGGGCCAAAAAAAAAGCAAUCACGGCUUAUGAAAAAAAGGCGAAGGAAGAACUAUCUAAGCUCCCUUGUGAUGAUGAAGAAAUCUUGAGGGGAAAUGAUUCCGCAACGCACGAGAUGAUGGCCACGUUCGAACAAGAAACCCAUGGCAUUUCCAUUGACCACACCAAGCCGUAUUUGGAAGAGUUAACGAAACUACGAUUCCAAAAGCUUGGUGAAUGGAAAAACGAGAAUGAUAAAAAGACCAGAGAAUCUUGUGAAAAGCUCGUUAAAAGGCUGAGGAAAAAGCACUUAGAUCCAGUCCUUCAACGAGUAAGUGGACCGGAAGGAACAAAUGUGUCUUUUAAGGAUAUUGAUGAUGGAUGUGCAGUUCUUGAAUUGGAAUAUAAGUCUCAAGCUGUGGGUUCCAAAGAUGUCCGUGCUAAAGUGUUACAUGAAUUUCACCAGCAAUUUCAAAUCGAGAGGGAACGAUACAAGGACGUCCUGAAGACACUGAAAGACUACAAUGAAACUCUGCUUCUCAUACGUCUCCAAAACACUAAGGCGGAAAAAGAGAAAGAGGAUCUCCGGAAGCAGAAUGAUUAUUUGAAACAAGAGAUGAAAAUUCAAGAAGAUAAGAUAAAAGAGUUAGACCGCAAAAGAGCCAUUGAGCUUCAAGAGAAACUCGAAGAAUUCCAAGCAAAAGAAAGUAUUCUCAACACUAAAAUCCACGACUUGGAAAAGGCAGGGAUGAAAGACAAGAUCACCGGCUUAGAAAGGGAACGCGAUGAUGCCAAGGAAGACAACGAACGGUGGAAAAGGGAACUAGCGAGUGUAAAGAGCAAGUUAGCUGAUUUGACAGAGCAACUCAGACUUUUAAACCGACCCUGGUGGCAGCGAUGGUAAAAAAAAUCCAAGUGAGUUACCCAAAAAACUGCUGAGUUAUCUUCGGUUUGUCCCCACAGGCUGGGGGUAAACCCACAGAAUGUUCAUGUGAUUUUGCAUUUAUUUGAAAUAAGGUCUUUUGCGUACAUUUAGAGGAAAAUGAUAGUAGUAGGAUCGUCCUGAAUGAAUAUUAACUUACUUUCGACCUGUCAAAAAACACUUUUCUCAAACAUAUGGAUGGAAAUCUAUUUCAAAGUUCAUGAUUGUCACAUCUGAGAGAAUCUUUACGGGAAAUCGGAAAGUUUUCUGUUUUUACUUAGUUCUGUAGCCAUCCGUUUAAGAAUUUUAGUAGGCUUGAUUCGCGAUGAUUUCAUUGGGUUUAGAUCCUAAUCGUGUAGAUUGUCAGUAGUAGAUUCAUUUAGUGUUGAUUAGAAGGUGAGAUAUACCUUGCGUUAAUGUACUGUUGUCCUUGUAUAAAUUCCUGAUAACAACUCACCAGCAUAUUUCGUGCGAUAGACUAGCAUCCGUGCUAUUUGAUUUGUCUACUUGUCAUAAAGCACAUACUCAUAGUGCCUUGUUACA